AUGGGUAUCACUGGAUCACGAGAAAACAAGGAGAAGAAGCCAGUUGUGCUCAUUGUCGGUGGCGGAUACGGUGGUGUUCAAUGUGCCAAAGCAUUGGACAAAACUGGUCAUUUUUUUGUCGUACUUAUCGAUCGAAAAUCCUAUUUUUUUCACAAUAUUGGAGCAUUACGCGCCAGCGUCGAACCAAACUAUGCUCAUCAAAUAUUGAUUCCUUAUGACCGGCUACUCACACAUGGAUGUGUUGUACAAGCUGAAGUCGAAGUUAUUUCACCCGAUGGUGUUAAAGUUCAUGGACGUGAAGAGCCGAUUCAAUUCGACUAUCUCGUUAUUGCUACAGGAUCAUCAUAUGCAUUUCCCGGAAAAGUCGCUGAAACUGAACAAUCUCAAGCCAUUGCACACUAUGAUAAUCUUCGACAGAAGAUUGAACAGGCGAAACGCAUUCUUAUCAUUGGUGGUGGACCUGUAGGCAUUGAACUGGCUGGAGAAAUUGCAACAGAUUUUCCACACAAGGAUAUAACACUUGUACAUAGCGGUGUGGCAUUACUCGAUUCGGGUGCGUUCAAAAAAGAAUUUUAUACUCGAUUACAAGCAGACCUUGAACGACUCGGCGUCAAAAUUGUGUUUAAUGAUCGUGUUGAUUUAGGCACGACUACUUAUGCACAUCAACAUGAGAAGUUUAUUGAAGGUGAUCAAACAUUCUUAACAACAAAAGGCAAGAUCGAGAUCAAGACUGAUCUGACAUUUGUAUGUACAGGAGCACAUGUAAACAACAAAAGUUUGAAGGCGGGUCCAUUCGUAGCAGAGCUAGAUACGAACAAGGAAGGUCGGCUGAAUGUGAAUGAAUAUUUACAAGUGAAAGGUUAUACAAAUAUUUUUGCCAUUGGUGAUAUCAGUAGUAAAGAAGGAAAACUCGCAUUUCUUGCUGACAAACAAGCUGACUAUGUAGCAUCAUUUAUUGCGCGAAUCGAGCACAAAAAAGACUUUCCAGAAGAAUACCAUCCUGCAAAGCAUCCAGCGAUGCUCGUGACAGUUGGUCGAAAUGGUGGAGUUGGACAAUUGCCCACUAAGGGUGGCUCUACCAUUGUCAAAUAUGUCAAAUCGAAGGGCAUGCUCACUUCAAAACAAUGGUGUACAUUAAACCAAAAGAGACAUCAAGCGACACAGUCGACUGAUACGGAACAACUAGAGCACAGUUCGGGCUAUGAGAAUAAACUGGAUUCAUUGAAACACAGUAUGGAAUUCACAGAAGAUGACGCUCGUCAACUGCUGGCAGGUCUGCCAGCAAAAGAACUCGAACUCGGACAGGAUUUUAUUUAA